CCUGUAUAAAUGCUAUCCCGAAAAACACUGCUGUAUAAGUGUGUACUUUUUAUUACUACGGAAAUUUAUUCACUCUUACUCUGUAAGCAAUUACGCCUCUUGGUUUGAGACGUUCGGCACAAGUGCGCCAAACGGCCUCUUUGUAGGUCCAGAAAAGUUGGGAAACCAAGAUACCUCCUAUCCUCGUGCGAAAAGUUCCUAUAAGUCAGGUUUAAGGAGGACUUCUUUAUUUAUUAUUUGCAAAAUAUGCGGUUAGUUUUAUACGGGUAUCGGAAAAUUACACAUUGCAAACGUCUUAGAAGAUGUAAAGAGCUGCGUUUUGAGCAUUUCCUCUACAAGAUUUUAUCGAUUUUAAACAUGCAUGGAAAAUAAGUGGGAAAAAUACACACUGCUUAAGGAGUGACUUUUAUCGUAGUCAGGUUUACACUGUUGGCUGGGAAGAUGCACCUUUUAAAUCUAACAUGUCGCCUCAUUGAAAACAUCUGGAAUCUUUCCUACUAAGCUUUGCGAUGCCACCACUAUCAACACCACUGUAGUUUUUUUAAAAUUCGGAAGUGUAUUGAAAAUUUUCCGCAUACUGUAUCGACCGGUCGUGGCCUUUGAAAGCAGGGAUCAUACCCGUCUUGGGAAGACAUUGAGUCUUCCGAGGUUUCCAUCCAUAAUUCAAAUCGCCGCUGAUCUCGAUAUAAGAUUAACGGUGGCUGAAAGUGAUAGCAAUAGUGGCGGUUGGUCACGAGAUCAGUUGAGAAUCGCAGACAAGUUACUGUCCAGUCGAGGUCCAUCGGUGGUUGUCGCGGUGUUACACGUGAUUGGCGGCGAUGGUAAUGGCGAUUAUCAAUCCUCAGGCUUCUUGCUAUCCCUAAUACACAACUGGUUUCGGCUUGUCGCCAUUUCUUGUCGUAUUCCUAGCCAAAAUAUUUGAGCAUCUUCUACCACAGUUAGCGGCAGAAUUCGGUCUCUCGCGCCUAUUUCCCAGUCCAGUGGGAUACCCUUUAGUUAUGCGUAAACGGAAAGAGUAUGUGGUACUGGCUGACUUCUGUUUUAUACGGUGGUAAUAAUAUCUGAUCUAGCCGGCCUCAGUGAUGUGCCUUGUGUCAUAACUUAUUACGGGGACCUGAUUGGUUCAGAUCAUUCCCCAGCACCGCGCGCACAGAAAUCUUUGUCGUCGCCGGCGAGGCGUCGGGCUUAGAAGACCAACGAUUACAUCGUGAAGCAGCGAUGAAGAUCAUGUCUGAGUCACUUAGACUGUCAUUGGAUGGUCCGAACUAUCCUUGCAAUGUUGAAGCGGGUGCGGAUUGUGCUAUUCGAGGUGAAGUCGAGUUAAUUCACUCGCAAAACAGUUCUCAGGCAACGGCUAUCGAGAACGACUCAGCGUUCAUAACCGUAGGGGUGUCCAGUACUGCUGGCAACAUCGACCAUGCCACAAUGUCACAUUCACUCUGUUUCCGUGUGACACUUAGUUAUUUGGGCCGUCUUCCUCACCAAACUGUCGGCCGUUAGUCAAGAGAUGUACCCUUUGGUCAGAAAUGAGAUUUAUAAGUGCUUCGUAGACUAACCAAGUGGUUUGGCUGUGUAGCACACCGGAAACCACAUUCUUCGGAUCUUCGGUGUUUGAUGCUAGUGCGACUAUGCCGGCGUAGUCCAAAUCAGUCAGUUGGUGUCCAUAUGUGCAUCACCCAGCACUCUUCCAAAAAUCCAUUAAAUGAUAUCUUUACUAACAGUACCAGUGUACAAAGUUACAAAUGGGAGGGUUCCGGUCCCUGCCGGUAUCAAUCUGACUUUCCGGGUGCUGGUUUUUGUCAGUUAGUCGUGUUGUGAGACGUUCAGUGCCCACACGGCCGGUGGGUCUUCUAGCGAUGACAGCUGUGGGUAAAUUCUGAAAUUCUGUGGAUGGAAAUCGGCCUGAUUGGCCGAUCAAGCCAAAAAAGUCAACAUGUGACAUAUUUUAUCUGCCGUUCAGAAGGAAGUCCUCACCCGCCGUCACUGACUGUAACAAAUGAAAGCCCUACUUAAGUCAGUCGAUCUGGCCGCUGGCAGAAGACUUGUUGGGUGCUGCGAGCGCUCCAAUUUUCGGUUUUAGGGUGGUUUUUCGAGUCCGGGAGGUUGGUGUGCAAAGAGCCGGCCAGAUCCGCUGUCGCCGACCACCACGCGUGAGGGAAGCGUAUAGGGCGCCACCUGGGUCAGAAUUACAGUAGCAGCAGGUCUAACUGACAUCUUCCCACGACCUGGGCUUUGCGCGUGAAGGACGAGUGAAACCUGGAGAUAUUUGACCACCACCGUUUGAGGACCAUUUUGCGACUGAAGUUCACCGACUUCGUCUCAAAUGUGACAGUCCGCACUCGCUGCGACAUCGCAAGGAUAACUCAGGCCAUCCAAGAAAGACGACUGAGGUGGUUCGGCCAUGUUCUUCGUCGUCCACCGCCGGAGCUCAGUGUUACUGCCCUCGAUCCGACACCGUUGCUCCAUUGGAGGCAUCGAAGAGGGAGUUAGUUGAAACCCUGGCUCGACUUGAAGGUGGUUCUUGGACCUUCGGUAUUUGGUCUACGUCGUUGACGAAGGGAAUGGGUUGAGCUGUCCAGAUCUGCUGCUGCGGAUCGUCACGCGUGGGGAGGUGCAGUUCGGCACAUCAUCGAGGCCGGCUAGAUCAUGCAUGAUCGCAGCCGUAUCAAGUACAUGUACAAUCUGAUUCAUUUGCUGACGUUGCCUCUGCGUUGAACAAAUGCAUGCCUCUUCUGUUUCGUACCACCCCCGUUUUUUUUCUACCUAGGUUCGACGAAUCCCAGCAGAAACUGGUGAACGAGGAACUGAACGUCGCUUACAGUAUCAUCGAUGGCAUACCUUGUCUCAUUCCCGAGGAGGGCGAAAUGCGUUCCUGA